AAAACACGGAAGUGUCAGUGUAAGCGUUACUUAAGCGGAGACUUGUUACAUAGCGUCCGUAACUGCAUCUUCUUUAUCGAGAAGUUAUAACACGCCUGUCUGUGAUACUGCGCUCGCGCUUCGCUGAGCUCUGGGUCUUUAGUCACUUGCUGCAUUUUAGCGCUCAACGGCGGAUAGCAUUACAGUGAAGAUGCUUAAAGCCAUCGGUCAAACUCUUUUUUCUUCUGGACUCCAGCACCCAAAAUUCACUGCUCAACAGAGUAAGGGUGAAGACUAUGAGGUCCGCACUUACCACACAACAAACUGGGUCAGCACAGCUAUGACUGAUAUGGAGCAGGACCCGGCCUUAAGCACAGGCUUCAAAAGACUCUUCAAAUACAUUCAGGGGAAUAAUGACAAGAAGUGUAAGGUGGAGAUGACGGCACCAGUGAGCUGUCAGAUUGAGCCUGGUGCUGGACCCGCUUGUGAAAGCAGCUUCACUGUGUCCUUCUACAUCCCUGAAGAACAUCAGGCUGACCCACCCAAACCCACUGAUCCAGAUGUUUUCAUCGAGAACAGAAAAGAGGUCACGGUUUUUGUGAGGACCUAUGGAGGCUUUGCGAACAGCGAGAGCUGCCAUGCGGAGCUUCUGAAACUGAUAGAGAGCCUCAAGAGGGAUGGGAUGAAAUUCAAGGAGGCUCCGUUCUACAGAGCGGGAUAUGACAGCCCCUUCAAACUGACCAACCGCAGGAAUGAGGUGUGGCUGAUCAAAGAUGAGGAAUAAAAGUCCUAAUGAUCAAAUGAUCAUGCAUUAUGAUGUGAAUGAAGGAGGAGGUCAAUUUAUUUGUUUGAACUUAACAAUAGUUAUAGUGCAGAUGCUUUGUUUACUAUGUAUCGCAAGUGCCUGAAUGUUUUUAUGACGACAAUUUAACACUGUACUAAUUGUAUAUCUGACCAAAAGUUUACAGCAACACUUUUUUUUAGGUACCGACAGUUAACUGUGAAAUAAUACAAAAAGAAUGUUAAAUUAAAUAUCGGCUGUCAGACUGACACAUUGCCUAAAUCUCACUGUUUGCAAUGUCACUAAUAAUGUCUCAAAGCUCUUAGGAUCAAGUACUGCAUGACUUGACUGAAUUUAACUUUUUUAUAAUGUUGUGAAAUAUGUCAUCUGUAUUUUGAGCUGUUUAUAUUGCGCUGAAUCUUGAAUCUAAUCAUUUAAGGGAACGAUAACAUUGUAUUAACUUGUAUUUUGUCGUUUUGGUCUUAAAAUAACCUGUACACAUUUUUAAACAUGGCCAUCUGGUGGUUAAAAAAAUAAAACUGAACACAUAUUGCGAAACAA